AUAUCUCCAUCUCUUUCACUCGCUCUAGUUGAUUCCAGUUCACACACAAUUUGUGGAAGGCGCUUCAUUUUCUUUUAUAUGGACCUCAAAUUUUUUUUAUUAUUUUUUUUGUGUUGUAGAUCACAAUUUCGACUGGUUGGGGGGAAAAAAUCAAAUCUUGAAUUAGUUUAACUGCGACAUGUGUUUAAUCGUAUACUGUAUAAAUUAAAUAGCCAUUAUAUUUUAUAUGGACCUCGAAUAUUGGCAUUUCUUGUGUUGUAGUAGAUCUCAAUUUCGACUGGUUGGGGGAAAAAAUCAAAUCUUGAAUUAGUUUAACUGCGACGUGUGUUUAAUUGUAGUAGUAUAAAUUAAAGAGCCCCACCGCUCUGUAGCUGAGAAAGCAUAAUUUUUCACAUGGUGUAUCUUAUCUCUGAUAUUAUAUACUCCUAAUAAGGUAUUCAAAUUUGCCCUUUCAAUUGCAUUUAAUAACUGUAUUUCCUAAGAUGUCAACUCAUUUUUAUGUGUAGGUUGUAUAAAUAUAAGUAUCCUACUUGAAUGGAAUUGUGAUUGCCUGUGAAUUUGAGCUGCCAUUCUCCGGAAGGAAACCUCAUUAUCUCUCUUAUUCUCCUCUUGGAAACUAAUGAUUCAGGGAAUGCUGUAUUGGCUGCAAGUUAAUAUGAUUAUUUGUGAUGUCCUUUGCAAUGAUUAUGGCCUCUGUCUUCGCUCAAGAGCUCAACAAACAUGCCUUUCAAGGACUUCUUCACCGAGUAUGGUGAAGCGAAUUUGUACGAAAUCCAAGAGGUUGUUGGUAAGGGAAGUUACGGUGUUGUGGCCGCUGCAGUCGAUACCCACACUGGAGAAAAGGUGGCUAUAAAGAAGAUAAAUGACAUUUUUGAGCAUGUCUGUGAAGCUACUCGCAUUCUUAGGGAGAUCAAGCUCCUCAGGCUGCUUCGGCACCCGGACAUUGUUGAGAUUAAGCAUAUCAUGUUGCCUCCGUGUCGGAGAGAAUUCAAGGAUAUAUAUGUCGUUUUUGAGUUGAUGGAAACAGAUCUUCAUCAUGUUAUCAAGACAAAUGAUGACCUUACUCCUGGGCAUCAUCAAUUCUUUUUGUAUCAGUUGCUUCGAGCUUUAAAAUAUAUCCAUUCGGCAAACGUUUUCCACCGGGAUUUGAAGCCCAAAAACAUCCUUGCUAACGCUGACUGCAAGUUGAAGAUAUGCGACUUUGGGCUAGCUCGUGCAUCAUUUGGUGAUGCCCCAUCUGCUGUUUUCUGGACUGAUUAUGUGGCUACCCGGUGGUAUCGUGCUCCUGAACUUUGUGGUUCUUUCUUUUCCAAAUAUACCCCGGCUAUUGAUAUCUGGAGCAUAGGAUGCAUAUUUGCAGAAAUGAUAACUGGAAAACCAUUGUUUCCUGGGAAGAACGUAGUCCACCAGUUGGAACUCAUAACCGAUCUUCUUGGCACACCUUCUACUGAAGCCAUCUCGAGGAUUCGAAAUGAGAAGGCCCGGAGAUUUUUGAGUGGCAUGAGAAGGAAAGCACCCAUACCUCUGUCGCAAAGGUUCCCAGAUGUUGAUCCCCUGGCUCUUCGUUUACUUCAGCGUCUAAUUGCAUUUGAUCCCAAAGAUCGUCCAUCUGCUGAAGAAGCAUUGUCAGAUCCAUAUUUUUACGGGCUGGCAAAUGUGGAAGAAGAACCGUCAACUCAACACAUCUCAAAAUUCGAGUUUGAGUUUGAAAGAAGAAAGUUGACAAAAGAAGACGUGAGGGAACUGAUCUACCGCGAGAUCUUGGAGUAUCAUCCCCAGAUGCUCCAGGAGUACCUCCGUGGCGUGGAUCAGAUUCACUUUAUGUAUCCAAGUGGAGUCGAUCAAUUUAAGCAACAAUUCUUCCGACUGGAGGGACAAGCCGGGAAAGCAGGCAGGCUGCCAAUGAGGAGGCGCUACGCUUCCUUGCCCAGAGAACGCGUGUGUGGGCUCAUUGACGAUGAACCUGACCAAAGUGAUUCCAGAAGCCGAGCAGUGGUGCCAGUUCCACGCCCCGCCCUAAGGAGUCCCAAGAAUUCAUUGGAUAUCAAAAGAUCAGAAGCUCCGAACGCGAGUGCAAAAGCUAGGCCGACAAAUGAUCAUAAGACAUUGUGCUACAGCGCCCGUUGCUUGCUAAGAAGCGAUAGCAUCAGCGCUUCAAAAUGUAUCGGAGUGCAAGGAGAAGACUACCUAUGAGGUGCAAUCGCCUCCCGUGUCGCCUCCUUAUCAACGUAGGUUCGAUUAUCGAGCAAACGGGGCGUAGGUUUGAUAGUGACAGCGUUUCUAUUAUGUAUAAGUUGGUUGAUGAGGAGUGCAAGAUUGUUAAUUUAUGGACGUUUUGUUAUUGUUGUUACAUCAACAAAGUGUGUGUAUCAUUUUAAAUUUGUUUGGGUAAUUUGCAUUGUAACGAUUGAACAAUUCGUCUAGACAUCUGAUGAUUGAUGAGAUGCUGUCAUGAAAUAGAUUUGCACUUGUUUUUA